AAGGGCCGGAGUCUGGAAGGAAUCUGAGAAGAUGGUAGAUCUGAGCUGUGGAGCAGCAAUGCGCCAGCGGAUGUAGUAAAAAGUCAUCGUCCUGUGCGGGAAUGAAAGCAGGACGCAACCCUGGAGGGUAAAACAGCUUGAGCAGAUCUCGUAGGAGAGAACAGCCUAAAAUGUGGAUGAAUUGACAUUUUCUCCUCCAACAGCGCUGAUUACUCAACUUAAACACAGAGCAAAGCGUCGCUCUCCCGUUGGAAAGAAAAAUGGCCGUUCGUGGCAACUCGCUGAUGCCUUUUUCCAUCCAGGCCAUCCUGAAUAAAAAGGACAACAGCAGACACUUACCAGAUCUGGACGUUUGCUUCUCCAAGGCGGCGUGUUGGAAAAUAUUCGGGGACAUGAACGAGGGGUCCGAGAGGACCGACGAGGCGCCAUGCGAGCGGUCUGAGCAGAAGGGCUACGACUCGGACUCCGGACUCAGCGACGACAACGACGGAAAGAGCGCAGCAGCGCGCCAGCCUGAGAGGGACGGGGAGCUGGUGUCGGACGUCCCGGAGGAGAGUCUGCAGGAGGAGACGGACCAUGAAUCUGCAGCUGCGGAGAACGCAAAGAGUGACAGUGAACCCAACAACACCACGGAUUCUAGCAGCCCAGACGAGAAGAACCUGGAGCAACCCAAGCAGCGGAAGAAGCGCUCCAGAGCCGCUUUCUCUCACGCUCAGGUCUUCGAGCUGGAGCGCCGCUUCAACCACCAGCGGUACCUCUCCGGGCCAGAGCGAGCGGACCUGGCGGCCUCCCUGAAGCUGACAGAGACUCAGGUCAAGAUCUGGUUCCAGAACCGACGCUACAAGACGAAACGCCGGCAGAUGGCCGCAGAUUUGAUGGCGUCCACCCCGACUGCAAAGAAGGUGGCGGUGAAGGUUCUAGUGCGGGACGACCAGAGACAGUACGGGCCUGGGGAGAUCCUGCGGCCGCCGCUGCUCUCUCUGCAGCCAUCCUACUAUUAUCCCUACGCAUACUGCCUCCCUGCGUGGACACUGUCUGCGUGCGCGGGGAACCAGUGAGAACCUUAAGACUUUAAUUUAUUAUUCAUUUGAUUGCUUCUCUUCUCGGGAGCCAACAUAAAAAAGAAUACUGACAAGAAGAAGGGACCUGAGGGGACAAUUAAUCAGCUCUGCGUCCCUGAUUUAUCAUCUGGGGGUCCCCGACCUCUUUUACAACCACCAAUACUCUAAAUAUUCUGUAUCUGACCUGCAGACGUCUUCAAGCAAAAAUAUCUAAAAUAAAAUUAUUUAGGUAAUUUUAUCUAAAUGCUGGGACCCCACAAAGACUCUAAAGACUUAAAAUGACACGUCAUAAGAUUUCACACGCGCCUUCCUACCUCUGCAGUGAUUUGGGGGGGGACGGUAUAUUCUGUUGAUUUUAUUGAAACGAGCAAAUACUUGUUACAGAUUUUUUAUUUUUUUGCUGUGUUUGUAAAGGUAAGAUAUUUAAGCACUUUUGAGCAUAUAUGUCAUAUUCUUCUGCGUGCAAAACGCCCACAAAGCGCAUGUUUAAUGGGUCAGGCUGAAAAAAGGCGGCUUUUUUGGCCUAAAGAGGGAAAAAAAGAGACUUCUGACUGAAAUGCAUGUCAUUUUUGUUUUGAAUGGCUGUUUAGAUUGAAUAACAUUAAAACAUAUCAGACAUUG